CGCUGAGGACUUUGCGCGGACGAGAAAGGGUCGAAAUGCUCGUGGGGAGUUCUACAAACGAGAAAGAUAUGACUGUGAGUCCUCGGUCCAUCUCCAUAUUUGUGUCCCCUGUCUUCGAUUUGACAACCAAGCCGUCGGACACCAAUUCGAAUCGGCUCUCGGACCAGAGGAGCCCUCGAGCAGCGUUGCUGUGCUCGAAGGAGAGUGAGAGAUGUCGACCACCCAACAACUCGAUGAACAAAGCACACGGCUGUAUAGAAUUCGGCGCACGGUGAUGCAGAUGUUGCGAGACCGUGAGUAUGUAGUAGCGGAUGUUGAACUCUCGCUUUCUAAAGAUCAUUUUCGAGAGAAAUAUGGUGAUGAGCCAAAGCGGGAGGAUCUUGUUCUCCGCAAGACAAAACGCAGUAACCCUAAUGAGCAGAUCUUCGUGUUCUUUCCUGAGGAGGCCAAGGUGGGAGUGAAGACAAUAAAGACAUACGCAGAACGCAUGAAGGCCGAAAGUGUGACACGCGCAAUACUAAUUGUGCAACAAAAUUUAACUCCUUUUGCCAGACAGUGUGUUAGUGAAAUGUCAAGCAAAUAUCAUCUGGAGGUCUUUCAGGAGGCAGAAUUGCUGGUCAACAUCAAAGAGCAUGUUCUAGUUCCGGAGCAUCAGGUGCUCACAGCAGAAGAAAAGAGAACUCUUUUGGAGAGAUACACUGUCAAAGAAACACAGCUGCCCAGGAUGCAGGAGAACGAUCCAGUAUCACGGUAUUAUGGAUUGAAGAGGGGUCAAGUAGUCAAAAUUAUACGACCUAGUGAAACAGCAGGACGAUAUGUGACCUACCGAUUUGUUGUCUAACGAAUAAGAGCUGUGGAAGGCUAGGAUGGCCCAUGCAGUGCAAUAUCAGAGUACUUGGACUUUUGCUAUGGGUUUCCUGUGUUGCUCAUACCUGGGUUGUUAUAGACUAAAUCCUUAUUUGCAUGUCACCACAUAAUUUGAAUUUCUAUGUGGCACAUGUAUAUCAAACCUGCCCACUGGAUCUUCCUUGUACAUAAAUAUCUGGAAGUAGUGGAUGAAAUUUUGAUUCGUCGAGUGCAUUUCAAGGAGGGUUAUGUCUAGAUCGUGUAUACAAGAGUUAAUAAAGAUCGUCAUUCAUGUUUAAAUUUCUUAUGAAACAUCUGCCGAGCUCUUAUAUUGACAAAAAUUUAGCUAAUCUCCAAAGCUUUUUAUGUAUUUCAUGUCAUCCAGAAGAAUCUUAUCUUU